UAUCCCCUGUUUUUUUUCAAGCACAGCAUUGUAUUGUUGAUGAUGUCAAAAGUUAUGUGAAAACAUGUUUGGCUACAGCAAAGAAGCUGUUAGAGUGAAAGUUAAGAAAUGUGAAGGUAAGCUCCAGCCAGAGCUAAGAAAAUUCUCAGUAGACCCUCAAAUAACGUCCUUAGAAGUCCUCCAAAGCAUUUUAGUCAAGGCUUUUGAUAUAAAGUCUGAUUUCACACUUUCAUACCGAAGUCUAGAUGACUAUGGCCAGGAAGUGUACCUCCCUUUGCUCUCCGAUUGGGACUUGGAUGCAGCUUUUCUUAAGGCUCAUAAUAUAGCAGUCACCCAACGGUCAGAGCCAUGUGUCCAGCUAAAAGUGGACAUGAAGCCAUUUGCAGAGGCGUCUGAGGACUGGGAGCCACCAUGUGUCUCUCCCGCUCCCAUAGUUCCACAAAGCUACCGAGAACAGCCUACUGUGGCCCCUGCACCGCAUCAAGAGAAAACGGAAAUACAAACUGGCUUCCAGGGACUCAUCAUGAACCAGGUUGAGCGAACAUUCAACAUGGUCUCACGGGCCCUAAACUUGUACGAAGAUGCGAACACUCCUCCGCGCACGCCACUCAGCGAUAUCGAGUUCAGAGCGUUCCUCGAUACAGUUGGACAGAUCACGAACACCGCAAAACUUAGAGAAGUCAUAUAUUGCGGCGGUAUAGAUCCUAGCUUAAGAAAAGUUGUCUGGAAACAUAUUUUAAACGUUUAUCCCGAAGGUAUGAACGGAAGGGAAAGAAUGGACUACAUUAAAAAAAAGGCCAAUGAGUAUUAUACCCUCCGGGCGAAAUGGAAGGACUGUAUACAGAAAGGCAAGGUGAAUGGUAACUUGGCUUACGUAACGAGUAUGGUCCGCAAAGACGUCCUGAGAACGGACAGACAUCACAAUUUUUAUGCAGGCAGUGAUGACAAUCAAAAUAUUGCUUCUUUGUUUAAUAUUUUAACAACGUACGCUUUGAAUCACCCUACAGUAAGCUACUGUCAAGGUAUGUCCGAUUUGGCUUCACCACUGCUAGUAACAAUGGGCGAUGAAGCGCACGCCUACAUCUGCCUAUGUGCUCUUAUGACAAGACUCUACCCCAAUUUCCUGUUAGAUGGAGAAGCCAUGACCCUCAAAUUCUCGCAUUUGACGGAGUCUCUACAGGUCUACGACCCCGACUUUUAUUAUUAUUUGAAAUCACAGCAAGCUGACGACUUGCUGUUUUGCUAUCGCUGGCUACUAUUAGAAAUGAAACGUGAGUUCGCUUUCGAUGAUGCCCUACGAAUGCUCGAAGUCCUGUGGGCUUCAUUGCCUCAAAAAACGCCAGUUGUAGAAUUAUCAUUGAAAGAAAAAGAAUUUGACCCCGCAUUUGAUAUUGACGACGAUCCGCCACCUUUAAGUCCUUUGGUCAAAGCACCUCGUGAAAAUGCUUAUACCAAAGUAUGCGCUAUCAGACGCCAAAGUUCAAGUUUCAGUUUAGCAAAUAUAAAAGCACCCAAACUCUCCACUUGUAAACAGAUGAACCAUAGCCUGGACGAAAACGUUACUCGUAAUGCUAAAACACAACCGUUCCUAAAAUACGCCAAGGAAUUUCAAAGUUUGGAUGAUGCAAUUCUUCAGCAACGGAAACUAAAAUCAGACAAGCUUGAUAUUUUACUGGAUAAAAACGACUCCAACAAAACUGUAAAAGAUUCAAAGCUCCACCUUCGAAGAAGCAUGAAAAGCGUCCCUGAAGAUAGCAAACAUUUGGACAGUCAAGAACCGUCAACGACGUGGUCAAGUACAGGCAACUUGACGAAUGGAAACACACACACUGAGGCGAAAGAUGCGCCGCUAGGGAAUCAGAUAAGAAUGUUAAGGAAUAAAAUAUCCGUACACAAUAAUAAAUUCUUUUCAUCCUUAGAUACACUUGACGGGUCGGCUGAAUCAGAUUGCAAUAGACCAAAAGUAAAAAUGGUAAAGAAUCUUAAUGAAUUCUUGAAUUUCGCUACAGGUAGUAAAUCAGUAACAGAAAAAGAGAAACUCCAAAGAACGCAUUCGGUAAUAGAAAGAACGUCUAAAGAAUGUCCAAGGAUAACAUUGACGAAAACAUCUUUCGAUGAGAGUGACUUGAGGACACACGAUUCCAGGGAACAUAAAAUUUUUAAGGCUAAUAAAGGAGCCAGUGGCGAUACCACCGAAGGCAGUAGUCCUGACGACUCGCAAGAGUACUAUCCUAUGACAACCUCCAUGACGAGAGAGUUAAGACUUGAACUGGAACACUUAGACCGGCAAGUGUUUGGGCAAUCUUAUGUGAACCGUUGCAGCAUGAUCUGCGAUUCUACCUCAGAUUCAACCAGCACUGAAGAAAAACCCACACAAGAUUGUACCAAUAUUAAUCAAGAAGACUGCAACACUACCAAUACUCUAGAUACUCAGACAGAGCCUACCAUAUUAGUAGAGAAUGUUAAAAAAUCGUCAUUGCUCGACGCUAUAAAAUCUAACGCUAGAAGUGCAGAGGAUAUUUAUCUGUGGGAGAAUCCAUUACAUAGGAACACACCUACGACGCGAACGACAGCGAGCUGUCCCCAGACUCCCGACGAGCAAGCUGAUCUCGAUUUCGACGGAGAUACAGGAGAAAUAUUUGAAGAGCACUCUGGGAAGAAAUCUAUUACACCAAUAAGACUAUUAAGAAAGAAUCAGUCUCUAGAACCCCAAGAUCUCUAUCGCGAUUCAAAACAUUCCGGCACUCAUUCCAGUGAAUCAGAUUCCUCAGAAAGGGAGCCGACCACUUCGGCGGAUCUAAAACCUAUCAAAAUUAAUCAAGGUGAUGCUUCAAGUACCUCAAGAUCGCAUAAAUUUUUCUCGAGUAUGUCGCAAGAGUUAGAGAAUGCAAAAAGAAACUGCGAGUCACUGCUAACAGCAAAGCAAUCUAAUUUACAAAGCGUCGCAUCGACGAUUAACAAUUUUCAAAAAAAAUAUGAGGUAUUUAAGCCUCCAACGCAGCGGAAUGUCAAUGUUAGUUCAGUGGGUGGCAGCGAGAAUUCUGUGAAGUCCAGUGUUAGUAGUCUGCCGCCACCGACUGUGUUUGGAGGAGGUAAUCCAUUUUUAAUGUUUCUUUGCUUAACUGUGCUGUUGCAGCACAGAGACUACAUUAUGAGAAAUAGAAUGGACUACAACGAAUUGGCUAUGCAUUUUGACAAAAUGGUUCGUAAACAUAAUGUAAACAGGGUAUUGAACCAAGCUCGACAAAUGUACGCGAUUUAUUUGAAGCAACAAAGUCUAAAGACUGGCGACAUUACCACUUAAUUAUAAACGUAAAGAUCUCUAUAAAUUACUCAUAAUAUUAUUAUCCACAUAAGUCAUACUGCGAAUGAUAACACCAGUAGGGUAAGUUGUAAUCCACUUUAUUGGAUAAGAUUACCUACAUUUAAUCCAAAAACUUCUAUGUAUUAUUAUUAUCCAAUUAGAUAUGUAUGAAAAUAAUGUUAUUUCAUGGUCAUUGACAAAUGGCAUUUAAAUAUUAAUUAAGGAUCUUGUACAGGGUGGAAAUUUGAGAUGAUUUCUCUAGAAUACGAAUGGGUUUGCGUUUUCUGGGACCUAUAAAUAAUCUGGAUCGAUUACAAUUUAACCUUAUUUCUCGCCGACCGUACUCUCUUACAAAUCUGUGAGUGAAGUAGGAAAUAACUUCACAAGAUAGAAAUUGUCCGUUAAGAUCUUUUUUCUUUGACAUCGAUUUCGGAACUGGCAGCUGCCCUAAGGGUUGCCUCAAAUUACCAUUGCCCGACGAGAGACGACGCUGCGAUGCAUUAAAACGAGUAAUGCAACAUAAAGAUUAUCUUCUAAGAGUUAAUUUUAAAUGAAAAAGAAAAUGCAAAAUGCAAUAAAAUAUGGGACAUCUCCACUAAAUACAUUUACAAAUAC